AUGCUGGACCAGCGCGCGACCCCGUUGAUGGGUCCGAAGCUAAAGGACAUUCUCUAUCAGCUCCUGUCCGGCUUGCACGCCUGCCAUAGCCGGCGAAUCGUCCACCGGGAUAUCAAACUCAACAACAUCUUAGUUAGCAAGGAUGAGAAGAUUGUGAAGGUAGCCGAUUUGGGCCUCGGACGGCCGUUCUCGAUGCCUUUACAGACCUACACACAUGAUGUCAUGACGCUCUUAUACCGUGCGCCCGAGAUCUUACUUGGUGAGGCGCACUACUUGCCGGCAGUGGAUAUGUGGUCUAUGGGCUGCGUUCUUGGCGAGCUCGCGUUAGGAAGACCUCUUUUUAUGGGAGAAAAUGAAUUCACUCAGCUGAUUAGAAUCUUUGAGAUCAUGGGAACACCCAAUGAGGAGCUUUGGUCGGGGGUUUCACUUCUAUCGAAUUACAAUUCACAAUUCCCCAAGUGGCCGCCGCAGUCGCUUGCGUCAUUAAUUCCUGUACUUGAGCCUGAGGGGAUUGAUCUUUUAGAAGCGAUGCUUAGGUAUAAACCAGAGUGCCGCAUUACGGCAGAGGUCGCAUUACAGCACCCAUGGUUUGAUGAGGUUCGAGAGGAAUGCGAGGAGCGAUUACAUCGUCAGAUGAGUCUUUUGUAUGCUAGGCGAGAUACCGAUAAUCAAAUGUGGUGUUAA